AUGUCAGCAUCAAGCAGUAGUUCAAAUACACCUUCCACUGGUUCGCCCACAAAGCCAUCUCAAAUAACAAUCAAUAAGCCACGUCUACCUUUGGCAGAGUUACCUGUUGCGAACUUUGUUGGUAGACCUUCAUCUCCGAUCAAAACACAUCCUUCUCCUACAAAGCCAUCUAAGCUUUUACCUUCUCCAAAAGUGGGAAGAACAUCUUCUGGUCAUUCGAAUGAUUCGCCUUUUCAAUCACGUUCGAGUGCAAACAUUAGACGCUCGACACCUGCAAGUCCUAAUGGUGUGCAAGUAGAGAAUGACGAAAGUGUAGGGAGAUCUUUGUUCCCUAUCGGCAAUUCUCCUGGCAAAACUUUGGCUGAUUUACCAAUUGAGCAGAGUCCAGUCAUCAGCGAUGAGAUUCGACAUGCAAAACAUUCUCCCGCUGCAAAAUUGCGAAGAAAGUUUCGCGAACAGGAAGCAGGUUUGUCACCUUUGAGUGGAUCACCAGGUAAGAAACCGAUGGCGACAUCUGAGAAAGGAAAAUCUCCUGCGAUUCAACUUGAUGAAGAACCAUCAAUCAAGCCAGAAGAAGUAGUCACGCCUGUUUUAGGAGCACAAAAAGGAGCAUUUGCCAGUCCGUCUACGAUUGGAGUACCGCAAAGUUUACCACGCAAGAAAGAUCGUGUUCGUGCAUCAGAAGUUGCGCAUUUGGUGAUGGAUGAAGAUGAAGAUCAAUCAGCCGAAGCAAGAGGAUCACCAAGUCCAUCAAAGUCAAUCACAAAGAUGAUGUCAGCAGCAAGGUACUCGCCUAUUCGAUCAACACCCACAAAAAUAAAUGAUGGUUUUGUUGUACCUACAAGUAUUGCCAAUAAAGGUAAUGCGGUCGGACUUGGAAUUGAUCAUCCAAUGCAUAUCAAUGCAUCACCAAAGCCUGAAAUCACAUGGACAGUCUUGCCUGAUUCAAGUGAAGAUGAAGAAGAUGAGAACAGCCUUGGCUUUUCAUCGUUGAAUGACACCCAGAUAUCUUUCAAUGACGGACCGGAAGUAGAUAAGGAGAAUAUGAAGCCGGAUCCAAUUAUCAUUCAGGGACGCAAGAGAGGCACAGGAGGUAGAUUGAGUUUAGUAGCAACGGCAGCCCAAGCUGAUGAUGCCAAUACGAGCAGCGAGACAACAAUGACUUCCAUAUCGAAUAGGCAGAAUUAA